CCCUGCAGGAAAAAAUUAAAGAAAUGCUGGAGUUAAGCCCUUCCAUAAUUUAAAGAUAAAGGAGCUGGAGGUGGAAUGCAGGGCCAGGGGCAUAGCAGACUUCGGCUGCAGGAAGAGCCUUCAGGACAAUCUAAGUCAAGAGCUUGGGGGAAUUCAACGUGUACCGGCCUUAAUGUUUCCUCACCAAGAGAAAGAGCUAGAAGAAAUCAACAUAGGUGUCAUGUCUGAGAAACCACAAACAGUCUUUGAUACUCUAACAGAAGUGUCAAGACUAUUGUAUAGCCACCCAAGCAAAAGAUGUCCAAGAGAUAUUUUGCGUCUCCACAACCAGAGCUUCCUUCAUGCCAUGACUUUGAAAGAGGUUAUCAAGGAAACAAAGUCCUUGACCGAUCGAAAGCUGUAUGGGCGCUACUUCCACUCUCUUGUUGUCCAUUCCCCAAUCCAGUCGAGACUGGUCAGUGGUCGAUCUGUAAAUACUGAACAGCAGGAGCGCCACUUUAACACCUUCUCUGCAAUAGCAGAAAAUACCUCGAGCAGACGUCCUGGUGAAAUAAUCACACCCGGCCUAGUUCGUAUGCAGGCUGAACUAAAGCUAGCUGACCAACACAGAAACACCUUGAGUGAACAAGUAUCCAAAAUCAACAGUAUUGCCAAGUCAUCAUCUGCACUAUCCAACUCAAUCAUUCCAAACAGAUAUAUUCUUCGACACCCUAAUGAUUGUCAGGCUCACCUGGAGCGCAUCUCAGAUUUUCUUUUGUGUGGAGAGGGUGUAUGGUGGAGGCAAGUUGCUAGUGGUGUGGAGUUUUUUGAUGGCCCCCAAGAGUUAGGUUCAAGGACAGCUGGUCCACCACUUCAUCACUUUAGAUCACAGACAAUAAAAUCAGAAAGAAGUUAUCUACAAGAGUGCUGGGACAAGUGCUUGACCAAUGAUAUUCCAAUUCCACACUACAAAGUCAAGAUAUAUGAUGAUGAUGGUGAUUUAAAAGUGAGCAAGCUCACUGGGUUUUUUAAUGAUGAUGAUAAAGAGGAAGAGGAGGAAGACAGAGCAGAGGAGUGUGAAGAAACUGAAGCUCACAUAAUAAGCAUGCAAGAGGAAGUGAAUGAUGAUGAAACUGAAGAGGAGGCAGACAUGAAGGGAUAUGAUGAAGACAUUGUAGACCUUCAGCCCCAGGAUGAAGAAGAAGUAAUUGAAGAGAAAUUAGAUGACCUGCAGACACAGUGCCACAUAAACACCGGCUCACAUGAGGCAAUUCAUCAGUCCCCACCUGAACAGCCUGUCCCUCACAACCAGUCUGUUAGUCAAGCUCAAUCAUCUUUUACUUCAAAAUCAACUUUGGCUAAUAAUGUUCUCAAAUGCAUCCCAAGUGAUUCUCAUGCUGUGAGAACUCUGGACAAGGCUAGGACACAAUUGAGAGAGCAUCCCUUUGAUAAGGAUAUCCAAAGGAAAUACGAAACCACACUGGCUAAAAUCAAAACAACAGUGCUCUCAGCUCAUUCCCAGCUCAAAGAAGAAGUAAUGCGCUGGGAAAAAACGUUCUUCCUUCGAAAAUGCACUGAACCCACAUCAGAUGACAUUUCUGAAGACCCCAAAAUAAGUAAAGUCAAGCAAAAAUUAUAUCUUUGUCGCAAACUACUAAAGCACUGGAAAAUCACUGCUUAAAAUUGUGAGCUUACAUUUUUGUGACUUUUUGUAAAUAAUAUAUCUGUCUGACAUAAAUCAAUGCUUUUAUCGCGGCUAUGUUUUUAUAAUUUCACGACAAACAGAACAUGUCACGAUUAAAGCAUGUAAUUUUAUUUGAGCUUACUUAAUAGUCCUCAGAUAAGAAUGUAAUAUAGAUUAUUUUAUUACAAAAUUAUAGAGUUUAGAUGAGCCUUCCAUCGGGAAAAUGCUACAUUUUUAAUAAAAAUGACGGCUCGUCUAAUAAAUAUAGAUUUAGAAUUCCCUCAGCGAUAAAUUAUGUUAUUUGCUCUACAUAACUAGUAUUGUUAUAUUUGAGGAGCUUGAUAAAUGGUACGGAUAAAAAGGGAACUUACCUCUUGAACUUUAAUUCGGGUCUACACCGGUUCCCCGUCUUUCUUUCCCUAAAGAAGUAGCUUCCGCUUCACAAAAAAGCUUUCAUGUACGAAUUAUGCGAACAACACGGUGACGGGCACACACAGUACCAAUGUUCCGCUGACCAUGUAUAACGAUGGCGCACAUCUUAGGUAUCGUAUGACGCAAAGGUCAAUCGCUGACAGGAAAGGCGAUCAAUUUACUUAUUCCCUCUACAGAGAGAGGUGCUUUCUCUACGGGAUUUGAUUGGUCAUUAGAGUAUGCCGAUCUUCCGAUCUUGAGAUUGUGAUUGGUCGGGUUUAUAGGAGGUGGGCCUGGGAGAGAGUACCAUGGUGCAUAUAAACCGUGAAUCUCCAAAAGCAAUCAGUUUGGCUCCCGCGAGGGAGCUGGAAGGGUCCCGACACAAGCAAAGAAGACUAAAACAAAGAAAAACUACAGUGAUUCUCAUGCUGUGAGAACUCUGGACAAGGCUAGGACACAAUUGAGAGAGCAUCCCUUUGAUAAGGAUAUCCAAAGGAAAUACGAAACCACACUGGC